GCAGCAGUGGCCAUGUCCUGGAGGAAAGAACUUCAUCAUGGAGCAAACUUGGGCUUCUUACAUCAGUUCCUUAAAUCAGAACUCCCUGCCCAGACGAGUGGAAGUGACCGAUGGAAACUAUUUUUCAGGGUCACUAGCCCACCUGUCAUUCUCCAAAGGGGAUAUCAUUACGGUGACGGACCUCCAGCCGACCCACGUUAGAGCAGAAGUGAAGGAUGGAGAGCAGGUUCUGGAUGUGGUCAAUAUACCUCUUGAAUACAAAGGAAACUUCCAACUGAUUGCAGAUCCAGCUUCUUUUGAAACCGUGGCUGACUUAGUCCGUUCUGUCCGACUGCCCCAGAGUCCCGCGACUUACAGAAGUCCUCCCUGUUUCCAGAACUUAGUUCCCAUCUCCACAGAUGAUUGGCCCCUGAUGCUUAAGAAAAGAGAAACGCUGUCCUUAAUUGGCCUCGAGGAAAGUCACGGGAGGAAGCUGCUGCGAUGUGAGGUGAGGAAGACGGACCCUCCCCUGAGGCUGCUCCUGCCCAUGAACUGCAGGGGCCACUUCCAAGAGUGCCAGGAUGACCAGUUCUACUCCAUUGACACCAUCGUGAGGUGGAAGCUGCUUGCAGGGAGGAAACGCAAGGUUCGGAUGGAGGCAGGAAACCGUCUGAGGCUUCUUAACCCCCUGCUUCCGGCGCACUUUAGUGGCCACCUAGUUCUGCACCCCUACUUCUCGGUGAAGGCGUAUCUGCCAGGUGCGGUCCAGAUCAGCAUCCCCUCCGAUUUGGACAUCCAUGUUACUGAGAUUAGCUGCUUGGCUUGUAAGCCCUUUGCACUGUUAACAAUGAGAGAAAUAUACGGCAUGGAAGCAAACAAAUUCCCAGUGAGGAUCAAAAUAAUGAGUGUGAGCAUGUCGGAGAGCAAGGCGGUCCCAAAGCCUUUGAAGAACGGGCAGCUCUUAACCAUCCUCAGAACGGAAGAGGUGAAAAAGUUCAUUGCCACGGAGAUUUCCGAAGGGAAGAAAGGGAGGUGUUUUCUCAUCCCAUACACCUAUCAGGGCCUGGUCCUUAGGGGGGGUCGCUAUUUUAAUGCUGUUUCUGAUGUCGCGGCAGCCAUGCAACAAGGACAGCUCUGCUUCCAGUCUUGCAGGGACUACACCUCCUGCAUGGAGCCGUUCGCAUCUUUCUCAGCCAACCAGUGCUUCCUGGCUCUGGAGAAGAGUGUGGUGUCUGCACAGAUCCACAAUGAGCUACACCGGGUGGAGGUUCUCAAGUGCCUGAACCUCACCACCAAAGCCCACGUCAAGCUGCCCUUGUUCGCAGAAGGAGAAUUCCGGGAGCUGUUUAAUGAUGCUGGACCAGGGACCCUGCAGGAGCUGUGCCAGAUCACAAAACUGCCGUGCCACGUCAGAGUGGUGAAACCAGAUCCUUCCAUGGCUAGAGACCCCCUGUAUGGAACUGAGGAGCUGAGGAUUGAAAACAUCAUCGUGGAGCAAUGCCUCAUAGCCAAAGAUGAAACUUUACCAGCGGCCUUGGGUUCUGCAGAAGACAUAUACCAGGACUUGCCCGAAGCCACAUUUGAAAUCCCGAUUGAGAAGUCAAGCUGUGAAGGGUUAUUGAUAGAACAACGUUUUUGGGUAGCUGACGUCGGAAAAGAGAGAUGCACGUCUCUCCAGACCAUCCAGGAGGUCACUGAGGAGGAGAUGCUGACCUUUAGUAAUUGCCUGAUUAUUCCUUCCCCACCGCCACCCCUUCCAAAGCCCAGAAGUUUGUCUUAAAACAGAAAAUGUGACUAUUAGCCCUUGCUUUGUGGACAGGAUGCAGCAGCAUCAGUCGGUCCCUCGGGAAUUGAGUAUUUGGGGUUCACUGGAACUGGGAUGUAGCCCCCUGAUGUGGGGGCUCAGAGGAAUUCAGGGGUGUCACCGCUACUUGUUAUUCCCAUCUCUCAUUCCCAUCAGUUCAUGAGGAAAAAAGGUUCAUUUGGGCCCACAGGUUCAAAGAUGUUAGUCCAUGAUCACUUGGCCCCACUGCCCUUGGCCUGUGGCAUGGUGGCACAUCACAGUGGGCCAAAGGUGCCCACUUCAUGAUAAGUGAGAAGCAGAAAGCCUCCACCUCCCUUUUUACACGCCCCGCCCCCCCCCCCCGAAACCUAACUCCCUUCAUCAAGGCUCCUCCUCUCCUUUAAUAACUUAUUGAAAUUUACUUUAUGUGUAUUGGUGUGAAGGUGUCAGAUCCCCUGGAACUGGAGUUACAGUUGUGAGUUGCCUUGUGGGUGCUGGGAAUUGAACCCGGGUUCUCUGGAAGAACAGCCGGUGGGUGCCCUUAACCGCGGAGCCAUCUCUCAGCUCCAAGUUCCACUAUCUCCCAAUUGCACCACGAACCAGAGACUAAGCCUUUAACACAUGAGCCUUCCUGGGACGCCUAUUGAGACCAUCGCAGCUGUCCGGGAGGCAGGCUUUUCCCUUGGUGUGCAUGGGAAGCUGGCCUCUGAUGCUGUGGUAUGCCCACAGCAGUCCUCUUUCUAUUAAAGUGAAAUUCUAUCUAUUCAGCAGGGCCAUGUGCUUGUCGUUGAACACGAUUCUCCCUACGGCCCUCGAUUUGGAAUCGCUGCCUCUCACCGAUUCCCGACCUGGAGUACACACUCCAACAAAACUCUGUUGGACGGAUGGUCCAGUGCCCACUUUGGUUUGUUAGCACCUACGUCAGCCCUGAGUCGUCCUCCUUGUCCCUCUGUUAGGAAAAUGCCAUCACCCCCAGUUGCCCAAGGCAGACACAUGGAAAACUUGCCCUUACCCACCCAUCAGUCACCAUAUCCUACCAAUUUCUACAGUUCCUGUCAAUCUCUCACCUUUCACCUUUGCCCAGUCCUGUCUCAGAUCCCUGCCUCGAUCCACGUGCUCCGCUUGUCAUUGUUAUUCUCCUGUCAGGUCCAACCACCUUCCUGUUGGUUCUCCGUUCUCAGAAGAGCGAUGUCUUUAAGACAAGACAUAAAGAAAGAAAGCCUCCAAAGCCCUUGGGGUAUCUCUGCUGCCUUAGGGUGAAUCCCAGCUAUCUGGAACACUUUGCAGGGGUGUUCAUACACUGCCCUCUAGUCUGUAUCGUUACCUCUCCCCUCUACCCCUAGCCCGUUUCUCUGUCACACUAAGUUCAGGAGGAGGCCAGCUCUCAAUUUCUCCAGCCUGGCUUCGAGCCGAAGCUCACACUACAGUCUUGCCUGCACUCCUCUGCUUCCCUAAGACCAGUUUAGUCUCUGCUCUGCCUGCUUCGGAAACAUCAUAGCUCGGUGGAUAAGAACGCACGGACUGCAGUUAGUUAUGUAUAACCAGUGAUUACAGCCUCCGUAGUGGCAGCGCCUCCUCUCUGGAGCCUUGGGUCCACCCUGCGAACUGGAUGCUACCGACUCCCACUGACUCAGCAUUCUAGAACCUAAGGAGAUGGUCUAAAGUACACAGUACAAGGCCUGUAGCACAGUGGGCAGACACUAGACAGGGGCUCAGUGAGUGUGCCCCCAUUGCUUCUCUGCGGUGGCUGAAAUGAGAACUGUCCUCCAUAGGCUCAGGUAUUUGAACGCGUGGUCUGUCAUUUGUGGCGUUGUUUGGAGAUGUCAUGGGACCUUGAGGACGUGCCUGAGGAAAGUAUGUCACUGGGGGCCGACUUUGAGAGUUCAUAGCCCCGUCCCACCUCCAGUUGCUCUCUCUGUCCCCUGCUUGCAGGAUAAGA